AUGUCCUGCUUCAACAUUAACGUAUCAUUGUCUAAGACAGAGCGGUCCUUUCUGCCACCUUCUUCUUCCCGUAUCGUCCCCCGCACUCUUGCUUCUCGUGCCCACCCCCUCUCCCCCAGUCUGUUACGCAGCAGAGACAGCCAUACUUGUAACUUCCGCAGGGGGCUUCCUCUUCUUCUUUUUCCGCGUCUUCUGUUAGAGGAAUCCUCCUCACACAGUGCUGUCGUUGUUGGUUCACGUUCUGGGCACGGCAGUAUACAAUCCCGUCACACCGCUGUUUGUCCUCUUCCGGGGCUAUCUGUGGGGGGAACAAAAGGACAAAGGACAUAUUGCCUUCGCUCCGAUCUCCGCAUGACGCAAGGAACGGCGCACCGCCCAAAGAAGACACGGAGCGGCAAAAUGUCCUGGACAUCCCCGGAGCGGACAAAUCUGGAACUCGGAAGGGGGGGGUGGGGCGGAGCGCGUGCGGGGAAUGUCUGUGUGGAUUUGCCGUGGUCUGCACCCAGCCACCGCAGCCACCUUCUCCAGGUGUGUCUGGCAGAGACAGGGCCGUGCAAUUCACAGAUAAUAGAACAAAGAGCGGAGGGCAGUGUCCCGGAGGGGGUGCCGUUUCACAACGUGGCAGGUGCAACAGAUGGGAGGGAGGCGUGUUGUUGCACUGUUGCUCGCUUGAAUGGGAGGCACAGACGAGGCAACACCCGAGGCGUCAUUGGUGUCAGGAGAAGGACCCAGCUCCGUGUCAAUUGCCUCAUCACACGGUAUCUUGUAGAGAAAGAAAAACGAUUAAAAGUUUAUGUAAUACCUAUUGAGAUUUAG